AUGGUCACCGUGUCCAGCCACAUUUGCUUCGGCAUGAAGUCCCCCGAGGAGAUGCGGCAGCAGGCGCACAUCCAGGUGGUGAGCAAGAACCUGUACAGCCAGGACAACCACCACGCGCCUCUGCAGUACGGCGUGCUCGACCACCGCAUGGGAACCAGUGAAAAAGACCGUCCUUGUGAAACCUGUGGAAAAAAUCUAGCUGAUUGUUUAGGACAUUAUGGCUACAUUGACUUAGAACUGCCGUGUUUCCAUGUUGGUUACUUCAAAGCUGUGAUAGGCAUCUUGCAGAUGAUUUGCAAAACCUGCUGCCGUAUCAUGCUAUCUGUGGAAGAAAAGAAACAAUUUUUGGAUUAUCUAAAGCGACCUGGCCUGACAUAUCUUCAGAAGAGAGGGCUAAAAAAAAAAGUGUCCGAAAAAUGCCGAAAGAAAAAUACUUGUCCUUACUGUGGUGCCUUUAAUGGAACUGUGAAGAAGUGUGGGUUAUUGAAAAUAAUACAUGAAAAAUACAAGACCAAUAAGAAAGUGGUAGAUCCAAUAGUAUCCACUUUCCUCCAAUCCUUUGAAACUGCCAUAGAACAUAAUAAAGAAGUAGAAUCCUUACUGGGAAGAGCUCAGGAAAAUUUGAAUCCACUAGUAGUGUUGAACCUCUUCAAAAGAAUCCAGGCAGAAGACAUCCCUCUGCUUCUGAUGAACCCAGAAGCAGGGAAACCUUCAGAUUUGAUCCUCACACGGCUCUUAGUGCCCCCAUUGUGCAUCAGACCCUCUGUUGUGAGUGACCUGAAGUCUGGCACCAAUGAAGAUGACUUGACCAUGAAACUGACUGAGAUCAUUUUCCUCAACGAUGUGAUUAAAAAGCAUAGGAUAUCAGGAGCCAAAACACAGAUGAUUAUGGAAGACUGGGACUUCCUUCAGCUGCAGUGUGCCUUGUACAUCAACAGUGAGCUCUCUGGGAUUCCUCUCAAUAUGGCACCUAAAAAGUGGACUAGAGGUUUUGUUCAGAGACUGAAGGGAAAGCAAGGUCGAUUUAGAGGCAAUCUGUCUGGAAAGCGAGUGGAUUUCUCUGGCAGAACAGUCAUUUCACCUGAUCCUAAUUUACGAAUAGAUGAAGUAGCAGUGCCUAUUCAUGUUGCUAAAAUACUAACCUUUCCAGAAAAGGUGAACAAAGCAAACAUUAAUUUUAUGAGAAAACUUGUCCGAAAUGGUCCUGAUGUUCAUCCUGGAGCCAACUUCAUUCAACAAAGGCACACUCAGAUGAAAAGGUUUUUGAAAUACGGGAACCGAGAAAAGAUGGCCCAGGAGCUGAAGUUUGGAGAUAUUGUGGAGAGGCAUCUCAUAGAUGGUGACAUAGUGCUCUUCAACCGACAACCCUCUCUACACAAGCUGAGCAUCAUGGCUCACAUUGCUAGAGUAAAACCUCAUAGGACGUUCAGGUUUAAUGAGUGUGUCUGUACACCAUAUAAUGCAGAUUUUGAUGGAGAUGAGAUGAACCUUCACCUUCCUCAGACAGAAGAAGCAAAAGCAGAAGCACUUGUUCUAAUGGGGACUAAAGCUAACUUGGUAACGCCAAGAAAUGGAGAACCCCUAAUUGCUGCUAUUCAAGAUUUCCUUACAGGUGCCUAUCUUCUUACGCUAAAAGAUACCUUUUUUGAUCGAGCCAAAGCCUGUCAAAUUAUUGCUUCUAUCCUAGUGGGAAAGGAUGAAAAGAUUAAAGUUCGCCUUCCACCCCCAGCAAUUCUGAAGCCUGUAACACUGUGGACAGGAAAACAGGUUUUCAGCCUCAUUCUCAAGCCCAGUGAUGACUGUCCCGUAAAAGCCAAUCUGCGAACGAAGGGCAAACAGUAUUGUGGCAAAGGAGAAGACCUGUGUUUCAAUGAUUCUUAUGUCACAAUUCAAAAUAGUGAGCUAAUGGGUGGCAGUAUGGACAAAGGAACCUUAGGCUCAGGAUCCAAGAACAAUAUCUUCUACAUCCUGCUGAGGGACUGGGGUCAGGUAGAAGCUGCAGAUGCCAUGUCACGGCUAGCCAGGCUUGCUCCUGUCUAUCUUUCUAACCGUGGCUUUUCAAUUGGAAUUGGUGAUGUUACCCCUGGACAGGGCCUGCUAAAAGCUAAGUAUGAACUCCUGAAUGCUGGCUACAAGAAAUGUGAUGAGUACAUUGAAGCUCUGAACACUGGCAAGCUGCAGCAGCAACCUGGCUGUACUGCAGAAGAGACACUAGAGGCCUUAAUCCUUAAAGAACUCUCUGUUAUCAGAGAUCAUGCUGGCAGUGCCUGUCUCAGGGAGCUGGACAAGAGCAACAGUCCCCUCAUCAUGGCUCUCUGUGGUUCUAAAGGUUCCUUCAUUAACAUAUCGCAGAUGAUUGCCUGUGUGGGUCAGCAGGCCAUCAGUGGGUCACGAGUUCCCGAUGGGUUUGAGAACAGAUCCUUGCCUCACUUCGAAAAACAUUCUAAGCUUCCAGCAGCAAAGGGCUUUGUUGCGAAUAGCUUCUAUUCUGGCUUAACUCCUACUGAAUUUUUCUUCCAUACAAUGGCUGGUCGAGAAGGUCUGGUUGAUACCGCUGUAAAAACUGCUGAAACUGGAUAUAUGCAGAGGCGGCUGGUCAAGUCACUUGAAGAUCUCUGUUCUCAAUAUGAUUUAACAGUCAGAAGCUCUACUGGUGACAUUAUUCAGUUUAUUUAUGGAGGAGAUGGUCUGGAUCCUGCAGCAAUGGAGGGGAAGGAUGAACCACUGGAGUUCAAGCGAGUUCUAGACAACAUCAGAGCCGUGUAUCCAUGCCGUAAUGAACCAGCCCUUAGUAAAAAUGAAUUGGUAUUAACAUCUGAGUCCAUAAUGAAGAAGAAUGAAUUUCUUUGCUGCAGAGACAGUUUUCUGCAGGAAGUUAAAAAAUUCAUCAAAGGCGUUUCCGAAAAGAUAAAGAAAACCAGGGAUAAAUACGGCAUUAAUGAUAAUGGCACAACUGAGCCACGAGUUUUGUAUCAGUUGGAUAGGAUUACUCCAACCCAGCUAGAAAAGUUCCUGGAGACUUGCAGGGACAAGUAUAUGAGGGCCCAGAUGGAGCCUGGUUCUGCAGUAGGAGCUCUUUGUGCACAAAGUAUUGGAGAGCCUGGCACACAAAUGACUCUGAAGACUUUUCAUUUUGCUGGUGUUGCUUCAAUGAAUAUUACCUUGGGGGUGCCAAGGAUCAAAGAAAUCAUUAAUGCUUCAAAGGCAAUUAGCACACCUAUUAUAACAGCACAGUUGGACAAAGAUGAUGAUCCUGAUUUUGCCCGUCUAGUUAAAGGAAGAAUUGAGAAAACCUUAUUAGGAGAGAUUUCUGAAUAUAUUGAAGAAGUGUUUCUUCCUGACGAUUGUUUCAUUCUGGUCAAGCUCUCGUUGGAACGCAUUAGACUGUUGAGAUUAGAGGUGAAUGCAGAGACUGUGCGCUACUCGAUUUGCAUAUCCAAACUCCGAGUGAAACCUGGAGAUGUUGCUGUCCAUGGAGAGGCAGUUGUAUGUGUGACCCCUCGGGAAAAUAGCAAGAGUUCCAUGUAUUAUGUUUUGCAGUCCCUUAAGGAAGAGCUGCCUAAGGUGGUUGUACAAGGUAUACCAGAGGUUUCUCGAGCUGUCAUUCAUAUUGAUGAACAAAGUGGUAAGGAGAAAUACAAACUUCUAGUUGAAGGUGAUAACUUGAGAGCAGUUAUGGCUACUCAUGGAGUGAAAGGAACCAAGACAACCUCUAACAACACUUAUGAGGUAGAGAAGACCUUAGGAAUUGAAGCUGCUCGGACCACCAUUAUCAAUGAGAUUCAAUAUACAAUGGUGAACCAUGGUAUGAGCAUCGAUAGGAGACAUGUUAUGCUGCUCUCUGAUCUAAUGACAUACAAGGGUGAAGUGCUGGGCAUCACGAGAUUUGGACUGGCAAAAAUGAAGGAAAGCGUGUUGAUGCUGGCUUCUUUUGAAAAGACUGCAGAUCAUCUCUUUGAUGCCGCCUACUUUGGACAGAAGGAUUCUGUUUGUGGUGUUUCCGAGUGCAUCAUCAUGGGAAUCCCAAUGAAUAUUGGAACGGGACUUUUUAAGCUGCUGCACAAAGCAGACAAAGAAUCAGCCCCUCCUAGGAGGCCUCUGAUAUUUGAUAAUAACGAGUUUCAUAUUCCCAUAGUUACAUAGCACUGGGGUAAAACAGAGGG